GUCACGUACACGAGACAGAGCCUGCGCAUGAAGCAGAGAAGGCAAAAAACAAAAAGAUUUUGGCGGUUGACGCGUUUGGUCUGAGUCUUGUCUCUGGUAACUCCUGGACCUUUGCCUGUUCUAGAUAUGAGUAGUUGGUGCUAUUCUUUCUCUUCUUUGUGAGCAACUUGAAGCACGAAGUCAUUAUCGGAGAAUAUCUUGGAUUACAUUGAAGCAUCUCCAGAUACUAAGAUUACAGUUUGAAAUAACCAGAACAAAUAAAAACAGAAAUUAGAAAACCAUCCAAAUAUUGUGGUAAGAAAAGAAAAAUCAUGAUGAAUGAAAUGUGUGGGAACACUGCAGAAUGGAAUAUCCAGUCUCAAAGGAUUGAUUUUACAGAUGUGCGUCCAAAAGAUACAGGAAAAACAUACCACUGUGAUAUCUGUAAAAAGUCAUUCUCUCGUAGGGGGAACCUCACAACUCACAGACGGAUUCACACAGGAGAGAAACCAUAUGAUUGUGACGUCUGUGGUAAAUCAUUCUCGAAAAGUAAUAAUUUAUCUAGUCACAAACGAAUUCACACAGGGGAGAAGCCAUAUCAAUGCGAUAUCUGUUAUAAAUCAUUUUCUAAGGGAAGUAAUUUAACUGAACACAAACAUAUUCAUACAGGAGAGAGACCAUAUCACUGUGCUAUCUGUGGUAAAUCAUUCUCAAAAGUUGGUGACUUGGCUACACACACCCGCAUUCAUACUGGAGUGAAGCCAUAUCAGUGUGACGACUGUGGCAAAUCGUUCUCCAAAAGUGAUAACUUGACUAAUCACAAACGAAUUCAUACAGGAGAGAAACCAUAUCCAUGUGAUAUCUGUGGGAAAUCAUUCUCAAAAGUAAGCAACUUAACUGAACACAGACAUAUUCAUACAGGAGAGAAACCAUAUCACUGUGAUAUUUGUGAUAAAUCAUUUUCUAAAAGUAGUAAUUUAACUAGUCACAAACGUAUUCACACAGGUGAGAAGCCAUAUCAUUGUGAUAUCUGUGGUAAAUCAUUUUCCAAGGGAUGUAACCUAACGAAACAUAAACGUAUUCAUAAAGGAAGGAAACUAUACCACUUUGAUAUGUGCUGAAUCAUUCUCUCAAAAAUUACAAUUAAACAGGUAUCUAAUCAUACUGAAGAAUUGCUGUAUCAACAUCAAAAAUCAUUUAAUGAAAAAUAUCAUCCAUCAUAACAUCAUCAUCAUCAUCAUCAUCGUUUAACGUCUGCUUUCCCUGCUAGCAUGGGUUGGACGAUUUGACUGAGGACUGGUGGACCAGGUGGCUACACAAGGCUCCAAUCUGAUUUGGCAGAGUUUCUACAGCUGGAUGCCCUUCCUAACGCCAUCCACUCCUGAAGGCCAGUGAGGUGGUACUGGCAACAGCCACGCUCAAAAUGGUGUAUUUUACAUGCCACUGGCACUGGCAACGGUCUCGCUUGAAUGACUUUUCACAGGCCACUGGCACAAGUGCUAGGAAGGCGACGUUGGUAACAAUCAUGCUCAAAUGGUGCUAUUUACAUGCCAUCGGCACGGAAGCCAGACAGCUGGUGCUCUUAGUGCUGCACUGGUACAGGUGCUUUCACUUGCCCCAACUGGUCUUUGCAAGCCGAAUUUAGUGUUCAAUGACGGUGCCAGUCUACAAAUUUAGUUCGAUUUCAAUUUGACUUGCCUCAACAGGUCUUUGCAAUGAAGGAAUGUUAUGCGUAAGUGGGCUGGCUACAUCCCUGGCAGAGGCCUUGGAUUUUGGUCAUACUUGGCUUGCCGGGUCUUCUCACGCACAGCAUAUUUCCAAAGGUCUCGGUCAUUAGUCAUUGCCUCGGUGAGGCCUAAUGUUCGAUGGUCGUGCUUCACCACCUCAUCCCAGGUCUUCCUGAGUCUACCUCUUCUACAGGUUCCCUCAACCGCUAGGCUGUGUCACUUUUUCACACAGCUAUCCUCGUCCAUACCAGCGCAAUCGUCUCUCUUGCACACCACAACUGAUGCCUCUUAGGUUCAACUUUGCUCUCAAGAUACUUACUCUCUGUUGAGUAUGCACACUGACAUUACACAUCCAUCGGAGCAUACUGGCUUCAUUUUUGCGAGUUUACGCAUGUCCUCAGCGGUCACGGCCCAUGUUUCACUGCCAUGUAGCAUGGCUGUUUGUACACAUGCGUCAUACAGUGUGCCUUUUACUCUGAGUGAGAGGCCUUUUGUCGCCAGCAGAGGUAAGCUCUCUGAACUUUGCCCAGGCUAUUCUUAUUCUAGCAGCUACACUUUCAGCGCACCCUCCCCCACUACUAACUUGGUCACCUAGAUAGCGGAAGCUAUCAACUACAUCUAGUUUUUCUCCUUGGAAUGUGGCAGAAGUUGUUUUCUGCACAUUUACAGUGUUUAUAGCUCCUGAACAUCUGCUACAUACAAAAACUAACUUCCUAGUUAACCUGCCUUUGAUAUUGCUGCACCUCUUAUGUGUCCAUAGCUUGCACUGGAUACAUGUUAUAGAGUUUCUACCUACACCUUUUCUACAGAUCGAGCAGAGCCAUCUGCCUGAAGGGGUUUGUGUUUUGUCUACCUUCCUACUUAUUAGGACUUGGUUUUUGCUAGGUUGACUCUAAGGCCCUUCGAUUCUAGUCCCUGCUUCCACACCUGAAACUUCUCCUCUAGUUCUGAUAGUGACUCAGCAAUUAGUGCAAGGUCAUCAGCAGAGACGAGCUCCCAGGGGCAUCCUGUCUUGAAUUCCUCUGUUAUCGCCGGGAGGACUAUGAUAAAUAGGAGGGGCCUGAGGACAACCUUGGUGGACCCCUACCUCUACCCGGAAUUCUUCACUGUACUCAUUGCUAACCCUCACCUUACUGACAGCAUCUCUGUACAUGGCUCGUACAGCUCUCACUAACCAUUCUUCUAUCCCUAGUUUCUUUAUUGGCCACCAGAUAAUGAAUCGGGGGACCCUAUCAAAGGCUUUCUCCAUGUCAACAAAAGCCAGGUACAGAGGUUUAUCAUUGGCUAGGUGUUUCUGCAGCUGUCUUACCAGAAAUAUAGCAUCAGUGGUGCUUUUCCCUGGCACGAACCCAAACUGCAUCUCAUCUAAACUGACAGUGCCAGAUAUUUUGAGCAUCUCUGCAGUGAUUCCUGAUGGGCCGGGGGCUUUCCCUGUCUUCAUAGUCUUAAUUGCUUUAUCUACCAUGGUACUGUCAAUUCGGAUAGCUGGUCCCUCUGUUGGCUCGACAUUCGGCAGACUCUCAUUCUCCCAUUCAUUCUCUUUAUUGAGCAAUCUUUCGUAGUGG